GACAGGUUGAUAUCGCUCCGCUGCCUUGCUCAGUGUGCAGCAGCCUGCGUGCUACGUGCCUCCACUGACGGGAUCCACUGACACAGCGACACGAGGGUGGCUUAUAAGCCGCCGAAUAUCUCCAACAUGCCUCACCCACUCGCAGAACAUAUUAUUCCUGUUCAGUAUCGAGCAAAAUGACACCCAUGACCAUCGCUCCGCCGUUGAGGGAGGUCGCUGAGCUCAAGAUCGAUCAAUUCGACCAGUUGAAACAAGAUUUCAAGUCUCGCUAUGGCAUCGGUACUCCGCGCCCUACCAAUAUCACACUCCGCGAAAGAAUAGCCACGCUCGUGAAGACUGUCCAACAGUUCGACUCGCAACUCGAAGACGAUGAUGAUCUUACAAUUAUUGCACGGUGCGUCGAGCAGAACGGAGAUGGCAGCUGUAUCUCGCAUGAGAAAUUCCUGAAGUUCGAGAAGCAGAUUCUGGAAAAAUUGGACAAGCGAAUGAACCGUUACAAUGCUACUUCACUCCACCUCAACUUGAUGAGAGAAGCCAUGGGCGCCAAUCCGUCCCCCAAACCAUCAUCUACUGGACUUGAUGUUGUGACGUUCGACGAUGACUUCGAGGUCGUUGAGGAUGGACUCGAAAAUCUCUGGGAGAAGUUUGAGGCCGAAACUUUUACUGCUAAGGACGUCGAUGUCGAGGCGCUCGAAGCAUACCUGACAAGCCUCAUGGGACUGCACAGUCACUCCCUGUCCCGAUUGCGCGACGCCAUGCGUCGGUAUGGCAUUGACUUGCUCGACGGAGAUGCUGAAAUCGAGGAAUAUGAGCUGGAGUGGUGUAUCUUGGACUUGCUCAAGAACGACCUUAUCAGCGAUGAAAAGAAGAAGACUCUUGGGAGCUACGUACAAAACCAAGUCGCCAUCAAGGAGCUGCUCGGUGUGCUCAACAUGAAGUCAAUCCGCGACUGGAACUGGAAGCAAGCGGACAAAGGACUACCUGUCACUGCUCGUCACGAUGCGGAAGGCCAGUACCACAUUACUGUUGAAGAAGAUAUCGUCGACACGCUGUUCUUACACUGUACGGCUAUUGGAUGGGCUCAGAAGCUCAAAGACUGCCUGUCGGACUUCAUUCGGUACAUUGAGCUGGAUGACAGGCGAACUCUUUCUCUCAACAAUCACAAGGAGCGCGAGUUCUUCCUUGAGAUGAUGCCGUUUGAACCUCCUGAAGAACAGUGCUCUGACUCGUCGGAUUGCCCUCCUCCUCCGCCACCGCCACCGCCGCCGCCGCCUCCGGAACCUAUGGUCAUUCCGCAUGGCGUUUACGGUAUCCCUGUGCGCCUGAAGAAGAAGAAGAAGGGCAGUAAGACAGGCUACGUCGAACAUGUUGUGUCACCUCCACCUCCUCCUCCACCACCACCACCCGGCUUUCCCAUGAUAGCGCCUCCACCUCCGCCGCCUGUUGCGAUGCCACCGCUACCGAUGAUGCUUGGCACUAUGGACGAGGAAAGGCAAAGGACUUACAAGCGUGACUUUUUCAUGUCUCGUCUUCCAACUCAAGAUGGCUGCAGACCCAAGGUUGUACCUACCGAGGUGAUUCAAGCCAAUCUAAUCAAGACGCUGGCUGCUGAAAUCAGACUUCGUAAGGCAUUCGACGGCCGCUUCGGCUGCUCGGUGGUCGACUUCCACUCUCUUGCGUCAGCACUGCCGCACAAGACAGUUCUCGUCAUUCUGAAAUUUCUGGGAGUACCGGAGAUUUUUGUCGAGUUCUUCGCCCGGUCCCUCACAGCGAGCUUGAACAUCGGUCCUUCCGUACGUGGUACACAAGAUCGCAUCGUAACUCGAGCUUGUGGCGUUCCAGAACGCCAUGGGUUGGAGCUACUGUUCACCGAGGCAGUUAUGUUCUUCGCCGAGCUAGCUGUCAGCAGGAAGACUGGUAUACACCUAUACCGUCUCGGAGCCAGAUGCUACUUUGUGGGUACCGAAGAGCAAAAUGACCGAGCUCUGCAGGAGCUAUCUGUGUUCUCGGAGCACACCAAGUUGGACUUCGAUGAUGUUCUUACACAACCUGAGCACCUUGACAUCGGGUUCUUGGAGCUCACAGGGGACGCUGUCACUGUCAAGAGCUCCAUGGUUGAGGCCUAUGCCGAUCGUGUGAAGAAACAGCUUUCAACACAAACCACAGUGUAUGACUGGGUACGCACCUGGAAUAGCACGGUCGGAACAUAUGCUUCUCAUCUCUUCGGCCCACUUGUCCAAUUGUUCGGCAAGUCGCACUUGGAGGCUGUCAAAACUGCCUACAAACGGAUCUUUGACAUUAUUUUUGAGGGUGAUAACCUCACUGAUCAUGUCAAAGGCAUGCUGCACGCACGCUCUGACUUUGUUCGUACAAGCCCACCCCUCGCGCUCGAAGCUAUCGUCUAUCUGCCGCAAGCGUUUGGUGGGUUGGGUGUCAAGAACCCGUUGAUCGCGCUCAACCUCGCGCGCAACAUGACCUCUGAUCCCAACACCUUCAUCCAAGAGUAUCUUGAUGCCGAGACCAAAUACUACGAAAUGGCCCUGUACAAUUGGUCCGUCCUGACCCCAGAACACAUCUCGAAGAAGCUCAGCGCUGUCUUUCAGAAUAACGACGAAGCCAUCACCGCCGCUCUUGGUGCAGAGUAUGCGUCUGAUACCUUCAUGACCAAAGAAACCCUGACCAAGCAUCGCGAAUACGCACUGUUCCCACACCUCCCCGCCACUCUGCUCCACGACAUCCGUCCCCAAUGGCGGGAACUACAUAUCCCAUGGUUCGUCGGACUCUACCAGACGCUGCUCAACGAGCCCGUCGACAAUGUCAUCGUUAGUGAGCGUGUCAGCGAGGAGGUGCGUCAUUGUGGACGCAUGAAGUGGUGGGACCAGCUGGAUCCGCAGGAUAAGUGGGUGUUGCAGAUGUAUGGUGACGAGUGCUUUGAGAGGUAUGGGACGUUGGAUGUUUGGCUUGAGACAUAUGUUCCGUCUAUUUGUAUGACGAUUGUUAGGGGUACGGAUCCGUAUAGUCUCGAUGAUGAUGACUCGAGCAGUAUGACGAGUAUUGCUUGAGGGCGCGGGGAGGUGAACGAUGGUGCAACUCACGACGCUACGACUCUUCCUUAAUGACUUCCCAGUUCUUGAUCAUUAGUAUACUUUCUUAAUCAUAUCUUUGUUUGCUUGAGCGGGUAGCAUACCUUCUCUUGUUCAUCCUUCA